AUGGCCCCAAACAACCGGGAGAAUGUUGUGGUUGGAAGUGCUGCGAGGAGUGCUAAUCGAUUCUCAAAAGACAGCAAUUAUGACAAGAAUCGUCAUAAUUCGUCGCAAUCGCAAAACUCUGAUUGGUGGUCAUACUCAUCGAAUGCAAAUGCAUCAUCAACAACAGGAGCAUUCAUUUACAGUGACUCGGUGAAAGAGCUUGAUGAACAAUUAGCAAAAGUUCGUCAAUCACCAUCCAAGGUUAAUUAA